UUCUACUGUAUGACUGUGAAACAUGACCAUUGAAGGUGGAAGACAUGAGAAGGCUUCAGGUAUUUGACCACCGUCGCCUUCGAAGUAUAAGCCAUAUUCCAUGGUGUCACCACGUGAGUAACGCAGAAGUCAGGUGUAGAGUUUUAGGGAGAAGAGGUAAAUCAGUUGACUAGGUUAUGAAUCUUCAUCGACUGAAGUGGUUGGGACACGUGUUAGGUAUGCCUAGUCGCAAUCUACCUCGUCACACAAUGUUGGCCGAAGUAGGUGCAGUCUGGAAAAAGGCCCAAGGUAGUCAGACUAAAACAUGGCAUCAAUGUGUGAAGUCUCUGACUGUUGGUUUGAGCCAUGUGGGGCAAUGUAGACUAGCCAGUUGGGGUCUGCGGGAUAAGAGGAACCAGUGGUUGGAGACUCUAGGUGAUAUGGCUCAGGACCGAUGUCAGUGGCGCAGAUGUAUACACACAUCAUCCUCAUCUUAACGACGCUAUACCGAAUCCCACUAUUUUCUCAUUCUUCCUUUCUCUCUUUUCGUACUUUAUAUUUCUUUUGACUGAAUUUUCUCGUCUUCAUCUUGCACUUCACAGCCUUUUUACUUGAUGUACUGAUAUGAGGUGUGGCAACUCGG